AUGUUUCUUUACGUCGCGGUGGCAACUUCCGCGGCAGAGGGAGAAGAGGAAGAGGAAGAGGACGUAAACAGCCAACAGACCCCAAGCUUAGCUUCGAUCGCUUCUAGCAGCAGCAGCAGCAGCAGCAGCAGCAGCAGCAGCAGCAGCAGCGGCAGCAGCAGUAAUAGUAGUAGUUGUAGUAGUAGUAGUAGUAGUUAUAGCAGGAGGAGGAGGAAGAAGAAGAAGAAGAGGGGUGGCGAAGACUGCAACAAGAGCCGCCGCAGCAGCAGCAGCAGCAGCAACCAUUUUUGCUGCUGCUGCAGCAAUAGAUGA